ACUUCCUUCUACCUAUCCAUCUAUUUAUAAUUCUCAAUUUCGCCCUUCCAAAUAUCGAAUCAAGCUGAGGGUGCGAAUCAAAAUGAAGAGGGAGGGUCGUCAGCACGGUAUGGUCCGAACCAAUCCCAUCCUGUCAGUGCCGUCGCACCCUCGUCCCAGGGCCCGCCGGGUCGUCAACCAGCUCAGCUCGCCCCCUACUGCGGGGGUGUUCGCCAGGGUCCCCACCAGGCCCACCGCCCACUCCAAGUUCACCGGAAAGUGCGGCCGCCCUCAGUGCCGCGACUGCCACGACCAUAUUCCGGCGUGCAAGUCCAAGGACAAAGCCAAGGGAGCCCAGAAGAGCAGGUCCUCCUCCGACACUAUGUCCAGCUACAGAUUGAUCGCCUGGAGGGUUGUGGAUUCCGCGCCUGGAUUCAGGUUUUCUGGGCUCUCGGCCUCUGGGGUUUUGGACUAUUUGGGUCGGCGCGAUGAUGAUGAUGAUGAUGAUUAUCAUCGUCCCCAGAUAAUAAUGGACGAUGAAGAUGAGGCUCACGAGGGUCCAUCAUCAGUAAUAUCCCAUGGUGGCACUGAUCAUGUAGAGAUUGAAUUGGAGGCAGAUGGUGAUGAGGGGGACUGGGAGUGGGACAUAAACAUAAUUGAUGAUGAAGAUGAUGAAAGCAGCUGGUGCUUGGUGGAACAAAUGGGAUUAUCCUCUUAAUUAAAUUUUUUUAACUAUUGCUUGGUUAAUUGGUUUUCUUGAUUUGGGGAUUUAUAAUUGAUGUAAUGUUGCUGCUUACUGCUGCUGAUCAAUGUCUGGCCUCCUAUUUAAGUAUAAAUAUAAUCUGAUUGAUCAUUGGAUUUUGAA